CCAAGAUCUACAAAUCAAGCCCUCUAAAACAACCUAAAUGAGCUCUUACUUUGUAAACUCGUUCUCAGGGCGCUACCCAAAUGGCCCCGACUAUCAGUUACUAAAUUAUGGAACUAGCAGCAGCGCUAUGAACGCCUCGUACAGGGACUCCGGCACCAUGCAUUCAGGCUCUUACGGCUACAACUACAAUGGGAUGGACCUAAGCGUCAAUCGUUCAGCCAGCACUGGCCACUUUGGGGCGGUUGGGGAUAACUCUCGGGGCUUCCAGUCGCCGGCUCCGGAGACGCGAUUCAGGCAGCCAUCAAGCUGCUCGCUCGCCUCCCCGGAGCCACUGCCGUGCUCCAACAGCGAGAACCUUGGACCCAAAAGCUCCUCACCCCCUUCCGACCAAAGCGCCUCCACCGCGGGCAGUAACCUUACCAACAACACACAUUUCACAGAAAUUGACGAGGCCAGCGCUUCCUCUGAGACCGAAGAGGGAACCCACAGAGCGAGCAACCCCGCUCCCCGGACGCAACAGAAGCAAGAAACCACGGCAACUUCCACCACCGCGGCUUCGAACGAUGGCCAGGCACCACAGAUAUUCCCCUGGAUGCGGAAGCUGCAUAUUAGCCACGAUAUGACUGGACCAGACGGCAAAAGGGCCCGAACUGCAUAUACCCGCUAUCAGACGCUAGAGCUGGAAAAAGAGUUCCAUUUCAAUAGGUACCUUACCCGGAGGAGGAGGAUAGAGAUAGCCCAUGCUCUGUGCCUCUCUGAACGGCAAAUUAAGAUUUGGUUCCAGAAUCGGAGGAUGAAAUGGAAAAAGGACAAUAAGCUGAAGAGCAUGAGUCUUGCUACAGCAGGUAGCGCUUUCCAACCAUAGUUAUCUCGCAAGCUAUACUACACGGAGUA